AUGGCAGCAGUGAUUGCAGUGGAAUUGGCAACCUCAGUGACAUCGGCGUUGCAGUUGAGUAUGGACAAGGUGGUCUUCUGGUCAGACAGCAUGGACGUGAUCCACUGGAUUCGAAGUGCCAGUCGCAAGUUCAAGCCAUUCGUUGCCCAUCGUAUUGGACUGAUUCAGACGGCUACGCUACCUCAACAGUGGCGGCAUGUACCGACAGCGAGCAAUCCAGCGGAUCUCGCGUCACGUGGUGCUACGGUCUCAGCAUUAGUCAAGAGUUCAUUGUGGUGGGAAGGUCCGCCAUUUCUCCACAGUGACUCAGCCGACUGGCCGGCAUUGCUAGCAGGUCCACCGACAGCCCCGAGCGCUGAAGAGUUUAAGCAGAGCAGCGCAGCGGAAGCAGUGAGCUUCGUAACUGUUGCACAGCCGCCAGGAUUUCGCCUGAAGCCCGAGCGAUAUUCCGAUUGGUUGCGUCUCGUGCGAGUGACAGCGUGGGUUAUGCGCUUCAUCGGCAACUCCGCUGGCCGGACUCGCAUCACCAGUGAACUGACAGCAGCAGAGAUCAGUGACGCCGAGCAACUGUGGAUCGCGCAAGCUCAGAGCGAGGCGUUUAGCGACGAGCUGAAGAGUGUGCGCAACAAGCAAGCAGUGCCAGCCAGAUCAGCGCUACUGAAGCUCAACCCCAAGGUCGACGCAGAUGGGUUGCUGCGAUGCGACGGCCGGACGCAGUACGCCGAGUGGCUGCCACACAACAUGAGAUUUCCAGUGAUCUUGCCACGCAAUCAUCACGUCACGCAGCUUAUUGUGAAGCACCAUCACGAGCUGCAGCAGCAUGGCUGCACGAACCAGACGCUGUCGUCGCUAAGCACAACGUUCUGGGUAGUGUCUGCCCGUGAAGCCAUUCAAGAGUGGGUGCCAGCCCUGAACCGCCGGACCAAGUGGCCGCAUGCACAGAAGAGCCUGCAGCCUGAUGAUGCCGUUCUCGUACUGCAGUCGGACACUCCGCUUGGACCGUGGCCUCUGGGACGUGUGGUCAAGGUGUUCCCAGGAGCAGAUGGCAAGGUGCGUGUCGCCGAGGUAGUGGUGUGCGGCAAGCGCUACGCUCGCCCGAUUACUUAG